UUGUAUAUUAUAUUUUUUCUUCUUCCUGUCUAAAAAUUAUUGGAUUCGUUAAUUUAUGAACAUAGCUUUGAAAAACCAGGUAAUAAUUGGUGCUAAUUAUUUUACUUAUUUCUUUUUAUUUUGUUUGAUUUAGAGAAUGCAAAAGCGCAAUAACAGCAAUAAUAAUGGUGGAACGGCGGGGGCGCAUCCAGCUUGUGCUUCAUGCAAGCAUCAAAGGAAGAAAUGCGGAGAAGAUUGCAUAUUAGCACCAUAUUUUCCGGCGGAUAGAAGCCGGGAGUUUCAAGCUGUUCAUAAAGUUUUUGGAGUAAGCAAUGUGAUGAAAUUAGUAAGGAGCGUUAGGGAAGAAGAUAGAAAAACUGUGGCGGAUUCUUUGGUUUGGGAAGCUUUUUGCAGGCAGAAUGAUCCAAUUUUGGGUCCUUUAGGAGAGUAUAGAAAAAUUCAAGAAGAGCUUAAGCUUUACAAGAAUCAAACUCAAAUGGUGAACCAAAAUCAACUGGUUCAGCAGCAACAAGGGAUGAUUAGUAGUGCUUGGAAUGGCACUAACAAGGGAGGAGGAGGAGGAGGAGGAUUAGCUAAUAAUAAUAACAGUAUAGUAAUUAAUCAUAGUCAUAACAAUGGAAAUGGAAAUAUAAUUGUUGAUCAAAUCCCAUAUGAUAGUUAUCCUUUAAAUUAUGUGCAAGGUACUGAGAAAGUUAGAAGGCAAGAAAAAUUGCAGCCCCAUUUGCAGCAGCAGCAGCAUUCGAUUACUACUGCUGGAUUUAAUCAGCAACCGUAUUACCUCCCAGGGCAUUUUGGUUCUAUCAAUGGCAAGACAAUGGAUGGGACAUUGUGGGAAGGUGGAAUAUAACUAAGUUAAUGAUGGAAUUGAUCAUAAGUACAAUAUAUAUACAUGCAGAAAAUUUAGCAGCAGUUAACAGACAGACAUGGAAGAGAAAUCAAAAUCCGUUAUAUGAUUCAAUUUAUAUUAUUGUAUUGCAAUUCUUGUUAAUUUCAGGCAAUCAGUUGUUGCUUAAUUUGAUGUUUAGGAAUUUAGACAUCAUAUUACAUAUGAAAUUCAUAUUAUUAUAGAGAAAUAUUAAUUGUUAAUAUUAA